CAGAGGUUGCAGUGAGCCAAGAUUACGCCAUUGCACUGCAGCCUGGGCAGCAAGAGCAAAACUCUAUCUAAAAAAAAGCCCACCCAGGCUGCCUGUCCAGGGGAAGGGGCCCAGCCCUCGCCCCCCACCAGCAGUGGCUUCAGGCUACUGGGGAGGAUCUGCCGCUGGAAUGGUUAACCCAGGCAUCUCCAGCAGCCAAUCACAGAGCUCUGCAGGAAUACCUGGGAGAGGUCCUCAUGCAGGCCGGGCCGGGCGGGUCCUAGCCCAGCCCCAGUCUGGCCCUGGGCAACCCCAGCAAAGCCGCCCUCAGCCAGCCCAGAAGCACUGGGCCUUGGCCACAGCAACACCCACUGAGCACGCUGGGAGCUGAGUAUGGCGUCCCUGGUCUCGCUGGAGCUUGGGCUGCUGCUGGCUGUGCUGGUGGUGAUGGUGACGGCGACGGCGACGGUGACGGCGACGGCGCCCCCGCCUGCUGGUCUGCUGAGCCUACUCACCUCCGGCCAGGGAGCUGUGGAUCAAGAGGCACUGGGCGGCCUGUUAAAUACGCUGGCGGACCGUGUGCACUGUGCCAGCGGGCCGUGUGGAAAGUGCCUGUCUGUGGAGGACGCCCUGGGCCUGGGCGAGCCUGAGGGGCCAGGGCUGCCCCCAGGCCCGGUCCUGGAGGCCAGGUACAUUGCCCGCCUCAGUGCCGCCGCCGUCCUCUACCUCAGCAACCCCGAGGGCACGUGUGAGGACGCUCGGGCUGGCCGCUGGGCCUCUCGUGCAGACCAUCUCCUGGCCCUGCUCGAAAGCCCCAAGGCCCUGACCCCGGGCCUAAGCUGGCUGCUGCAGAGGAUGCAGGCCCAGGCUGCCGGCCAGACCCCCAAGACGGCCUGCGUAGACAUUCCUCAGCUGCUGGAGGAGGCGGUGGGGGCGGGGGCUCCAGGUAGUGCCGGCGGCGUCCUGGCUGCCCUGCUGGACCACGUCAGGAGUGGGUCUUGCUUCCAUGCCUUGCCGAGCCCUCAGUACUUCGUGGACUUUGUGUUCCAGCAGCACAGUAGCGAGGCUCCUAUGACGCUGGCCGAGCUGUCGGCCUUGAUGCAGCGCCUGGGGGUAGGCAGGGAGGCCCACAGUGACCACAGUCAUCAGCACAGGGGAGCCAGCGGCCAGGACCCUGUGCCCCUCGUCACCUCCAACGAUAGCUCCAGUGUGUGGGAUACGGUAUGCCUGAGUGCCAGGGACGUGAUGGCUGUGUAUGGACUGUCAGAGCAGGCUGGGGUGACCCCGGAGGCCUGGGUCCAACUGAGCCCUGCCCUGCUGCAACAGCAGCUGAGUGGAGCCUGCACCUCCCAGCCCAGGCUCCCCGUCCAGGACCAGCUCAGCCAGGCAGAGAGGUAUCUGUACGGCUCCCUGGCCACGCUGCUCAUCUGCCUCUGCUCAGUUUUUGGCCUCGUACUGCUGACCUGCACUGGCUGCAGGGGGGUCACCCACUACAUCCUGCAGACCUUCCUGAGCCUGGCGGUGGGUGCACUCACUGGGGAUGCUGUCCUGCACCUGACGCCCAAGGUGCUGGGGCUGCACACACACAGCGAAGAGGGCCUCAGCCCACAGCCCACCUGGCGCCUCCUGGCUAUGUUGGCCGGCCUCUACGCCUUCUUCCUGUUUGAGAACCUCUUCAACCUCCUGCUGCCCAGGGACCCGGAGGACCUGGAGGACGGGCCCUGCGGCCACAGCAGCCACAGCCACGGCGGCCACAGCCACGGUGUGUCCCUGCAGCUGGCACCCAGCGAGCUCCGGCAGCCCAAGCCGCCCCACGAGGGCUCCCGCGCGGACCUGGUGGCGGAGGAGAGCCCGGAGCUGCUGAACCCGGAGCCCAGGAGACUGAGCCCAGAGUUGAGGUUACUGCCUUAUGUGAUCACGCUGGGCGACGCCGUGCACAACUUCGCCGAUGGGCUGGCCGUGGGCGCCGCCUUCGCGUCCUCCUGGAAGACCGGGCUGGCCACCUCGCUGGCGGUGUUCUGCCACGAGUUGCCGCACGAGCUGGGGGACUUCGCGGCCUUGCUGCAGGCGGGGCUGUCCGUGCGCCAAGCGCUGGUGCUGAACCUGGCCACUGGGCUCACGGCCUUCGCGGGUCUCUACGUGGCACUCGCGGUUGGAGUCGGCGAGGAGAGCGAGGUCUGGAUCCUGGCAGUGGCCACCGGCCUGUUCCUCUACGUGGCACUCUGCGACAUGCUCCCGGCCAUCUUGAAAGUACGAGACCCACGGCCCUGGCUCCUCUUUCUGCUGCACAACGUGGGCCUGCUGGGCGGCUGGACCGUCCUGCUGCUGCUCUCCUUGUACGAGGAUGAUAUCACCCUCUGAUACCCUGCCCUAGUCUCCCACCUUUGACUCAAGAUCCCACACCCCACAAACCUACAGCCCAGAAACCAGAAGCCCCUAUAGAGGCCCCAGUCCUAACUCCAAUAAAGACACUCUUGUCCUUGCA